AUGGCUAGUUCCGAUCAGAUCGCCGCUCUGAUCUUGAGCACCAAGUCACUCUCUGUGUCUCCGACCUGGCUCAAUGCCUUCCUAUCCUCCGGCACCGCACCACGCAAUGUUCCCGCCUCGGCUCUCGCGAAGACAGCUACUUUCCGUCUUCUAACUUCCGAUAUCAGAGAGUCGCUCUCUAAGCACCGGUCUUGUGUUCUGCCAACGAACGUCACCGACCCAAAUGCCCAAGAACUACGCCUCCACGGCCCUAUCCCGGUACAGGUCCUAGACAUCGAAGACAUCGGCACGAGUCUGUGGAGCCAGAUCGAAGCUAUUGAGCGUGUCGAGCGAGGAGAGGCUAUCCGUGGCCGUGAGAUCGUGCGCACUAUCGCUGUUGGCGAGGACCCGGAGGUGUCGGAGAACAAUCGCUCGAAUAACAACAAUGCUGCUGCAUCAGGCAAUAGUGGUUCUGGCCCACACCGUUUGAUGAUUCAGGACGCAGCUGGAACUGUGGCUACCGGGAUUGAGAUGCAGCGGAUUGAGGGGAUCGCUCUGGAAAGGCUUGCUAUUGGGGCGAAGCUAUUACUUCGGAAUCCUACUGUUGCUCGCGGUAUGGUGCUGCUCACUCCUGAGUCUGUUACUGUGCUCGGCGGCAAGAUCGAGGCUUUGGAUAAGUCCUGGAGAGAAGGGAGGAAGGCAAGGCUAUUGGAGAAGACUUCUAGUCUGGAAGGAUGA